AUGGACGGUGCACCCACUACGCCCAUGGAUCCUGCAUCACCUGCACCUCCCACAUUGUAUGCCGAUAGCCCGAUUCCGUCUUCUACUCCGCCGCCGAGUCCCCCCGUUAGAAGGCCGGUUGUGUUGCCGUCGUCUCGGGUGAGCGCUGCAUCCUUGUUAAGUUUUGAUACUUUACCUGCGGGAAUCGCAGCGCUCUACGGUCAACUGGAUCUUCAUGCCACGGUUGUUGCCGAUUUCCACUCGUUGGAGGAGCUAUGUCAAGACCUGAAACUGCAGAUCGGACGACUGCAAACGCAGUUGCAAUCGUACGUCGAGAUCGCCCUGCGCUUAAAAUCUUUGUCCAACAACGUUAUCUUGGCCUCGGGACGAAUUGCUCAGAGAUGA